AUGGAAAUGAUCGCCAAGGGUGACGAAUGGGUAACACCAGAAACCGUUGCAGAAGUGAUAGUUGACUUGAUUGAGAAGGACGAGUGCGGGACUGGAAGGAUUGAUGGUGGGACGAGUCUGGAAGAUGGAAAACGACUGUGUCGGGUGGAGCAGUUCAAUAAUCCAGGCCAAGAAGGAGCGGGCAAUAUGAUGAGAGGACAAGGCUACGAGUAA